GAAAGGCCCUUGCCUGGGGACUUACAGUGAGGACAGGGCUUACUGGAGGAGAAGGAAGGGGUCACCAGUCCCAGCUAAGGACAUUCUCUCGCCACUCCUCCCCUCACACCCCGACAUCACACCCUGCCUCCACCUGCUCUCACCACCCUCUCCUUACACCCAGCGCCACCUCCGCGCGUCAACCUUCUGCCCUUGGAGUGCACUGAAAACCCCAAACGAACCCCGGGACCCAGCAGUUCAUUCUUGACUUAUGGCGGCCCCGUGUGUUAACAGCGUCGAACUGUGCCUCAGGCUCCCGGCUGUCAUGUUUGGGAGCAGAUCCCCCCGCUUGCUUCCCUAGUGGGGCUGAGUGGCUUGGAACGGCCAAGCCGUCCCUUCGGACCGGAAAUCAAUCCGCCGGCAACAUCCAGGUGCCUGCCCAGUACACAGUGCAGGCGAAUACUGCGCGGGUUCUCCAGGUGCCUCGUUUGAGGAGAAAUGUGGGGCUGAGGAGGUCCGCCGUCAAGCUCACAGUCCAGUGCUUCCCCGAGACGGCUGAAAAUGGAGAAGCCCCAGGGGUCAGUGUCUUUCAAGGAUGUGGCUGUAAACUUCACCCAGGAGGAGUGGCAACGACUGGACACUAUUCAAAAGACAAUGUACAAGGACGUGAUGCUGGAGAACUACAGCCAUCUGACUUCACUGGGGCAUCCCAUUAUCAAACCGGAUGUUAUCACCAAGUUGGAGCAAGGAGCAGAGCCCUGGAUAGUAGAAGGAGAACCCCUACUUCAGAGUUGCCCAGAAGAAGCCCAGAAAGUUGAUGACCUGAUAGAGCGAGUUCAGAAUAAUGAAGAUAAACCUUCAAGGAAAACCGUAUUCAUCAACAAGAUCUUGAUGGAAGAGAGAGGUAAUGUUCUUGGUAAAACUUUUAGUGUGGAAACAAGCCCUGAUUCCUCAAGAAAAAUCUCCAAUAAAUGUGACUCAUGUGAGAAAAGUUUAACAUCUAUUUCAGGGUAUAUUAGUAGUGAUGGAAGUUAUGCAGAAAUGAGCCCUGAUGAAUGUAGUGGAUGUGGGAAAUCACUUCUCAAUAUUAAGCUUGAGAAAACUCAUCCAGCAGAAAAUGGGGAAGUUAACUCUCUAAAUGAUGAAAGUAUUUAUCAGAAAAUUCAUAUUUUGGAGAAACCCUUUGAAUAUAUUAAUUGCCAGAAAGCUUUCCAAACAGAGACAGCUUUUGUUAAUCACAUGGAAGAGAAACCGUGUAAGUGGAAUGAAUCCGAAAUAGCCUUCCUGCAAAUGUCAAACCUUGGUGUACAUCAGAGAUCACAUUUGGAAAUGAAGCCCUAUGAAUGCAGUGAAUGUGGGAAAUCUUUCUGUAAAAAGUCAAAAUUUAUAAUACAUCAGAGGACUCACACAGGAGAGAAACCUUUUGUAUGUAAUCAGUGUGGGAAGUCCUUCUGCCAGAAAGGAACUCUCACUGUACAUCUGAGAACACACACAGGUGAGAAGCCCUAUGAAUGUAGUGUGUGUGGGAAAACGUUCUACCAGAAAUUACACCUUAUUCAACACGAGAGAACUCAUUCAGGAGAGAAGCCCUACGAAUGUAGCUACUGUGGAAAAGCUUUUUGCCAGAAGACCCACCUCACACAACACCAGAGAACACAUUCAGGAGAGAGACCCUAUGUUUGUCAUUACUGUGCAAAAACCUUCUCUCAAAAGUCAGCCCUUAACGACCACCAUAAAAUUCACACAGGUGUGAAACUGUAUAAGUGUAAUGAAUGUGGGAAAUGCUUCUGUCGCAAGUCUACUCUCACUACACACCAGAGAACGCACACAGGGGAGAAACCCUAUGAAUGUAAUGAAUGUGGGAAGUUUUUCUCUCGGUUAUCCUAUCUCACUGUACAUUAUAGAACUCAUUCAGGAGAGAAACCUUACGAAUGUAAUGAGUGUGGGAAAACCUUCUACCUGAACUCAGCCCUCAUGAGACAUCAGAGAGUUCACACGGGCGAGAAGCCCUAUGAGUGUAAUGAAUGUGGAAAAUUAUUCUCUCAGUUGUCGUACCUCAACGUACAUCAUAGAACUCAUUCAGGUGUGAAACCCUAUGAAUGUAGUGAAUGUGGGAAGUCCUUUUACCAGAAUUCCGCACUCUGUAGACAUCAGAGAAUACACAAAGGAGAGAAGCCCUAUGAGUGUUACAUAUGUGGGAAGUUCUUCUCUCAGAUGUCAUACCUCACCAUACAUCAUAGGAUUCAUUCAGGAGAAAAACCUUAUGAAUGUAGUGAAUGUGGGAAAACCUUCUGCCAGAAUUCAGCCCUUAAUAGACACCAGCGAACACACACAGGAGAAAAAUCCUAUGAAUGUUAUGAAUGUGGAAAAUUUUUUUCUCAGAUGUCGUAUCUAACUAUACAUCAUCGAAUUCAUUCAGGAGAGAAACCAUUUGAAUGUAACGAAUGUGGGAAAGCCUUCUCUCGGAUGUCAUACCUCACUGUACAUUAUAGAACUCAUUCAGGAGAGAAACCCUAUGAAUGUAGUGAGUGUGGCAAAAAGUUCUAUCAUAAGUCAGCCUUCAAUAGCCAUCAAAGAAUUCAUAGGAAAGCAAACAUGAAUGGAAUUGAUAUGGAAAGGCUUCUCUGAAGUCAGACUUCCUUUUAUCCCAUAGAAUCCUUUCACUCUAAUGAAUAAGAAUAUCCAACCCAGAGAGUUCACAUGUGAAUGUGAAAAAGAAAAUUAAAAAUCUUUUGUUCUGUAGUCAGACUUGUAAUCUGAAAAUUCACAGGGUAGAACUUUUCAGCAAGAUCACACAGCUUACUGGACACCAGACUAUAAAAAGCGUAAAAUUUUGUAAAUACUAUGUAGAGUAGACUCUAUAAAUUGACUGUACAUUCAAAAUAUCAGGGAGUUUCUACCAAGGAGAGAAAUCUAUCAAGUAAUGUGGAAACAGGACUCUACAUUUUGGAGUUGUUAAUAAAAGACUUCAGAUAACAAACUUUUUUUGUGUAAUGAAGAGGAGAGAGAAAACACAAAACGGGAGAUAUCUUUUGUGAACACGUGAGUAGAUAAUCUCUUGUAUUAAAAAAGCAGUAAAACCAUCAGGAUCAUUCAUCAGAACAGCAACUUUAAGUAGGAGGCAUAGUUCCUGAUGAGGCAGGGCUUACUAUUUUAGUUGUUAUUAUUCUACAUUACAGGAAUUAUAUGUUGUGUUUGAAUCAUGUUUGAAAAGGCAUCGUAUGCUCAGAAUGAUGAUUGGUAAUGAAAGAUGGUAAAAUUGCCCACUCUAAAUAGCACUACCAUGUUAAUAUUUUCAUAUACAUUGUCAUUGAAAUAUGCCUCACAGGCUUACAGUAUACUUUGUGUUCCCCAAAGAAUUAUAUUUUCAUGAGAAGCCCUAUUCUUGUUUGUCGGUCUAUUUGGUUAAUGAACGGAACCAUUUAAAGAAAUAAUGGUCUUCUGGUGUUUUUAAUUGUACACAAUCAGUGGAAGAUAAAUCUAUGCAUAUAAUAGAAAACUGCUUAAUUUUAAAUUGUUAAACCUGGAGGCUCUAUGAAUGAAAUACAGCUGUAGUACUCAUUGCACUCUGUAUAGUUUAUAAUGUACUUAAAAUAUCCCCAUUUUGUAUAUUUAUUGUUUUAUUUGGUUGAGUACAUAAGUGUACAGCACAGGAGUACUAUGUAAUUUAGGAAUUUUCUAUUUUUACUCGAUAUGAUGUGCUUUUAAACAUUGUGCAUGCUUUUUCCUAUUAUUCGACUAAUUGAUUAACAUGAACUUGUGGCAAGCAUUGUUGAGUGACUGUCCUUCCUCGUCAUUUCUUUCUCAUUGUUUACUCAUAAAAUUUGGGUGUCCCUUCCUCUCAUGAGUUGGGAUAAAUCUCAAUUCAGUUCGGUCACUACUGAAAAUCCCGUUCUUAAUUCUGGGCAGAUAAAGAGAAUGUCUGUUAGGUUAUUCCUGUAAAAGAUUUCCUCAAAGACUCAAGGAAUCAUGCAGGGUGAAGUGGAAUCUAGCUUUCAGUAAACAUUACCUUGCCUGCACAUGACACCUGGUUAUGCCUCUACGAAAUGACAGAGCACAAAGACUGGAAGAAUCUGGAACCUGGAUGAUAUUAUUAAGCCACUAAUCCAGUCACACUGGUGGCCACUCCACCCCUGGACUAUUUCUUUUGUAAGAGGAAGCCUAGUUUAAGUGAGUUGGGCUAGUGGGCUCUGUUAGUAAUAGCUAAAGGCAUUCUAUUUGUUUCAGAGUUACAUUUUGUAGAAAUUAUGCAACUCAGAAAUGGACUUUUGGGAAAUCAUUUAUUUUGCACUGCUGAUAAAAAUAUUUGCCUCAUUUUCUGUAAAUUUUAAUGUGAAUAGGUUGAGCAUUAGAAAUAAAUUUGCUACAAUUGAGUGUGCUUCUAUGAACAGUCCUAUCAUUGACCGCUAAGAAAUUAAAUUUUGUAAUAUGCCAAUGUCAGGUAUAACUCCUUUUUUAUAACAACAUGCAGUCUUGUUUGAGUUCAUUUAAUUUAUAUUGUUCAUUGAUGCAAUGUCAGCUGACAAUAUAUGGUUAUAGAAAGGAUCUGAUUUUAUUUGCUUUCAAAUGCCUACAUAUCCUGUGUUAGUCAAAUAACUUACCCCUUUACCACUGAGGUGAAAGGCCCUAUUUCUUAUGAAUUAAAAUCACAUAUGGACCCCUUUUUGUUCCUCAGCACUUUUCCUGCCUAUUCUCUUUAGAUAAUCGUGAAUAUGCUACAUAACAGAACUAAAUGUCUGGUAGGCUGCAUAUUAUUGUGUAAGAACUCUAUUCAUAAUAUAGGUGUUGGAAUAAUACAGAGAUAUUCCUCAUUAGUGUAUUAUUAUAGCUUAAUUCUACCAUAUGCAUUUUUAAGUAAUAUUUUUGAAAUGUAAAGGAUUUACCUUGUUCUUUUUCUUCUAUGGUUGCCUACAUAAUAAAGAGUCUAGUACAGAUAAA